AGGCUCCGCGGGCCCGGGCCCGGCCCCGACCCGGUGCGCGGGCGAGGCGCUGGGCGGGAAGCGGGGCAUGAGGUCAGAAGUGAGAGCGCCAUGGGGGCUCCUCUCGGCUUUCAGAAGUGGCGGAGCCUCACUCGGUUUCGUUUUGGGAAGAGCUGUUCGAAGCUGGUAUAGGGAGGCCUCGGACGGCGCGAGCGGGCUGGCCUCCCGAGGUCGCGGGGUGAAAAAGUUUCCCGCCCCUGCCUUGCCUCUGACGCACUGAGGGCCCCAGGUCGUCAGGGUCGCCGGCGUCUGGGUCCCGGCACGGGCCCGCGCAUCCGUUCGCUGUUAGGGGCGUUUGGUUUUUCUGUAUGAGUGGAAAAGACAGCUGUUGCAAGUGGAAGUGACACAACAUUUUUUUAGGAUGUCUGAAGAUGAAGAAAAAGUGAAAUUACGCCGUCUUGAACCAGCUAUCCAGAAAUUCAUUAAGAUAGUAAUCCCAACAGACCUGGAGAGGUUAAGAAAGCACCAGAUAAAUAUUGAGAAGUAUCAGAGGUGCAGAAUCUGGGACAAGUUGCAUGAAGAACAUAUCAAUGCAGGACGUACAGUUCAGCAACUGCGCUCCAAUAUCCGAGAAAUGGAGAAACUUUGUUUGAAAGUCCAAAAGGAUGACCUAGUAGUUCUGAAGAGAAUGAUAGAUCCUGUUAAAGAAGAAGCCUCAACAGCAACAGCAAAAUUUCUCCAACUCCAUUUGGAAUCUGUAGAAGAACUUAAGAAACAGUUUAAUGAUGAAGAAACGUUAUUACAGCCUCCUUUGACCAGAUCCAUGACUGUUGGUGGAACAUUUCAUACUACUGAAGCUGAAGCUAGUUCUCAGAGUCUGACUCAGAUACACGCAUUGCCUGAAAUUCCUCGAGAUCAAAAUGCUGCAGAAUCAUGGGAAACCUUAGAAGCGGACUUAAUUGAACUUAACCAACUGGUCACUGAUUUCUCUCUCCUAGUAAAUUCUCAGCAGGAGAAGAUUGACAGCAUUGCAGACCAUGUCAACAAUGCUGCUGUGAAUGUUGAAGAGGGAACCAAAAACUUGGGGAAGGCUGCAAAAUACAAGCUGGCAGCUCUGCCUGUGGCAGGUGCACUCAUCGGAGGAGCGGUGGGGGGUCCUAUUGGCCUCCUUGCAGGCUUCAAAGUGGCAGGAAUUGCAGCUGCACUUGGUGGUGGGGUGUUGGGCUUCACAGGUGGAAAAUUGAUACAAAGAAGGAAACAGAAAAUGAUGGAGAAGCUCACUUCCAGCUGUCCAGACCUUCCCAGCCAAACUGACAAAAAAUGUAGUUAAAAACCAAACUUUGGUAUUACUGGUGCCAACAUGUCUAUCCUAAUGAGGACCUUUGCUGCUGUUGGACACUCAGUCAGCUUUUGGAACACAAGUAUAUCAAGAAAGUGGCUGUAAAUGCUCAAGUGGGAUUGAACUGUGAUAAGUGGAUAUAUUUUGUUUGCUGGAGUGUUAAUGGAGAUGUUAGAGAUUGAGGAUCCUGGGCUGAAGGUGUAUAAUGUCUGUCAGGCAAAGUUUGAAGACUGCCAAGGAGCAAAUUUUCUGCCUGAAAAUGUGAGAAUUGAACCUAUGACUCGGAUAAGGUCUUGAGAUGUGUAGAAGUGUUGGAUUAUGGUGGAAUAGUUGCUUCCACAACCCUGAAUUGGAGACCUUAAAGUGUAUUUAUAGAUUAUUUAGGCCUGUUAGCAAGGAAAAGAAUGGGAGUUCAGGAGCCUUUGUUACCAGAUAGGGAGGUGAGAACCUAGUAGGAAGCACAGGUGAACUGCAUAAUGGAGUCCAUUAGGUGAACCCUGUUGCAAUUUGAUUCAACUAUAUUUUCUGGUGAAAGAAAUUAAUAGUAUAAGAAAAUGGAAAGAGAGGCCCAACUUCUCUUUCAAAUAUCUUCAUUUGUGACAGUGGCUUCUUUUCUGAACUCUUCAUCUGCCUCUCUUUAAAUAAAGAACACAGAAUUUCAAGUGGUAGGAGACUUAUUAAGCCAGUCACCAAGCUUGCUCUGUCAACCUGUUUCCUGACACCUCAAAGAUGUAAUGUCCUUUGCUGUACCUCCCUUGUAAUUUUGAAAAGUUUUUUGGUUUGUGGGGUGAACUCUAUCCAUAUGUAAUAAGGACUUUUCUCAUA